AUGAGCAGCACUUGGCUGGAUACACAUGCUGCUGCUGCUGCUGGUACUGUCAUGCUGCCUGCCAAUAGCUCGGCUCUACCACGUGUAUUCUCACCCUGGGUGCUGCGGCACAUGCUGCUGGCUCUCAGGGCGGUGGGCGCCAAUCUCCCAGCAGCCGUGCUGUGCCAGCUGCUGCCAGCGCCAUACCUGCCUCUCGCCUUCCACCUCCUCUCCUCCUCACCGCUGCUCGACUCCGCCACCACACACGCGUACAUCCAGUGCAUCUGGGAGGUGCCUCUGCUGGAGCUUCUUGCCAGUCGCUUGGAAGCAGCAGGCGACACAGCCACGCUAGCGCUCGUGCUCUCAGUGCUUGCGCUGCCCUCCUGCAAUGCACACAACCCGCCCUUUGUGCGCCGCGCACACGUGCGCCGCUGCUCCCUGCGAUUCUUCCGCCUGCUGGCCUCGCAGCUGGGAGCAGGAGGGGAGUUCAGGGGGUAG